AUGUGCAGAACUCAUCUUCACCCCUAUCUCGCCGCCCUUCCCAAGGUGGAGCAUCACAUGCACCUCGAGGGUGCCCUUUCUCCAAGCCUCCUCUUCGCGCUCGCAGCUCGCAAUUCCAUUACGAUCCCUACGAGCGACGCAGCCUUUGGGUCUCCUGCCGCCCUUCUUGAUCGAUAUACUCGCUUUUCAUCCCUGGAUGACUUCCUCCAUUACUAUUUCAUUGGUAUGAAAUGUCUCGUAAAGGAACAAGACUUUGAGCAGUUAGCUUGGGAAUAUUUCUUGAAAGCUAAAAGUGAUGGCGUGGUACACGCCGAGGUAUUCUUUGAUCCGCAGGCGCACACUGGCAGGGGUAUCACGUACGAAACUGUCGUCAAUGGAUUCACGACGGCAUGCCAGCGUGCAGAAAAGGAGCUCGAGCUGAGCACGAAGCUAAUACUCUGUCUUUUGCGACAUCUACCCGUCGAAGAUUCGACAACGACAUAUGCCCAGGCCAGAAUGGACUGGGAGACUGGGCGUCUGGCCGGCUUAGGUUUAGAUUCGAGCGAGAAAGGAUUCCCACCAGGAGCUUGGAAGGAAAUUUAUGGGACAGCGAAGACGAACGGAAUAAGAAGAACAGCUCACGCUGGGGAGGAGGGACCAGUCGAGUAUAUCAGAGAGGCGUUGAGUGAGCUUGAUGUUGAAAGGAUUGACCAUGGGAUACGAUUGGCCGAGGACACCGAAUUGAUGCGAGAAGUUGCGGAGAAGAAGAUUCUCGUCACACUGUGUCCAUUAUCGAAUGUCAGGUUACAAUGCGUGAAAGAUGUAAAGGAGCUGCCGAUCAGGACAUUCUUGGAUAAUGGGGUCAUGUUUUCGAUCAACAGCGAUGAUCCGGCGUACUUUGGUGGCUACAUACUGGACAAUUAUUGCGCGGUACAGGAGGCAUUCAACCUCACAGCCAGAGAGUGGGCGGCUAUUACGAAAGCAGCUGUGGAAGGCAGUUGGUGUAAUUAUAGCAGGAAACAAUACCUUCUGGAGCAGCUGAAUGAGACAAUGGUGCAAUUUGGCCAUGGGUGA